CUGCCCGAGCUCCCUCCCGACGCCCGGGCCCGUCUCCCCGACUACCCGCAGGAUGUGGGCGUGUUCGCGCAGCUGGUGGCCCGAGAUGCACUGCUGACAGAAGGGCUCCUGCAUUGGCACAGUGACCCUGGCUUGAAGGGUGUGUUCCUGGCACCGGGCCUGAGGUACGAUGAGCACACACAGGAGCUGGUGGUGUCGGAGGCCGGCAUCUACUAUGUGUUUUUGCACCUGGAACUGCAACGUGUGGUGGCCAGAGCUGGCUCUGGCUCCGUCUCCAUUGCCUUGCACCUGCAGCCGCUGGGCAGAGGGGCUGAAGCUCUGGCCCUGACCUUGGACCUGCCAUCUCCAUCCUCUGAAGCUCCGGACUCAGCAGCUGGUUUCCGGGGUGGCCUGCUGCACCUGCGCGCUGGCCAGCGCCUGGGUGUCCAUCUCAGGGCUGCGGCUGGGGUGCACCCCGCCUGGCAGCUUGCACAAGGUGCCACGGUCUUGGGCCUCUACCGAGUGGCCACCAAGGUCCCUGCUGGACAGCCUUCAUGAGGCAGGCGGGGUUGCCACCCCCUGCAGGGAGACUAAAUCCUGCCUUUCUUCUGUGGGGCCUCUGGUGAUGAGCCCUGGCUUCUCUACCUCACUGGGCAGGGCAGGGGUUCUGGCUGCUGACCCCCUCCUCAAGGACUCUCCUGGUCCCUCUAUCACUCCUGCCCCGAGUCAAACCCUUGGUAUUUAUUAUGAGCCUGAGCUCAGACAGUGGACUUUAUAUUUAUCUGUUUAACUUAUAUUUAUUGAGCGCCCAGGCCAGUACUGUGGAGCAGGGCUGAAGAAACAGACCAAAACAACCAACAGCAAGCAAAACAGACCUCAAAAAAUCCUUACUUAUGUUAAUAAGUGAGAAAUAAAGACUCACUCCGAGCCUCCCCCUUUGGGAUUUUGUGGGGUAGCUUUAGGGGGUCUGCAGAAUUUUUUGUUGUGUGAGUUUCAUUCAUGCAACUUGUCUUUUGGCCAUCUACUAUGUGUCAGGCACUGUUUUAGGUGUUGAGGACACAACAAUGAGCAAAACAGACCCAAACUCCAGCUUUUGCCAAGCUGACCUCUUAUAGGGUGGUUUGUCACUAUGACUGUGAUUGUCUGUGACCUGGUGUGCCUGGGCCAGGGGACAGUGUGAAUGGUGGAUGGUACUGGGUAAUAAAAUGUUUAUAAAUG